AUGCCAUUGGGCGACUCGCCGCCACUCAUCCUAACAGAAUCGCACACGACGACGAGACCUGGCCCCAAUGUAGUCACUUGGGACUCGCCAGAAGACCCUCAGAACCCACUCAACUGGCCACCAUUGACUCGCUGGACUCUCAUCAUCCUAGUCAGCGCCGCCGCCUUCACCAGUGGCCUGGCGUCAAGUAUCUUUGCGCCUGCCGUACCAACACUCAUGGAGGAGUUCAAUACGACCAAUCAAGCACUUGGGACUUUCGUCGUGACAAUUUUCGUGCUGGGCAUGGCUACUGGUCCCAUUCUGUUUGGUCCGCUCUCGGAACUCUACGGACGUAUGAUCGUGCAGCAUAUCGGAAACAUUGGGCUUCUUAUCAUGACGAUUGCUUGUGCUGUUUCUUCAAGCUUCGAGAUGAUGAUAGGCUUUAGGCUCGUCCAGGGCAUAUUUGGGGCUGUGCCUCUUACGAAUGGCGGUGCUCUCAUUGCGGACAUGGUCCGUCAAGAGAGACGAGGGCGAGCUAUGGGGUUCUAUACCGUUGGGGUACUUCUGGCACCUGUCGUCGGUCCAGUGGCAGGGGGUUUCCUCUCACAAGCCAAAGGAUGGAGAUGGACCUUUUGGCUUCUUGCCAUUCUGCAAGGAGCGUUGACGUUGGUAUCGUUACUCGUCUGGCGUGAAUCCUACAUGCCGUUGCUCCUAUCCCGCAAAACGAGGCGCCUGCGCAAAGAGACGGGGAACCAAGCUCUUUAUACCACGUUCGACAAAGGCCUGUCCCCUCGCGCGCAUUUUAUGAACGGCAUACUUAGAGCUGGCAAAAUGCUAGUCUUUUCUGCUAUAGUUCCCUCAAUCUCCAUCUACAUCGGUGUUGCAUUCUCAUACUUCUACCUCCUACUCGCCACGCUGACGCCAAUAUUUGAAAGAAUAUACGGGUUUGGCCCUGGAGUGGUUGGUCUGGUUUACCUCGGACUGGGAGUAGGAUUCUUCACCGGUCUUACCUUGUUUUCUCUUUUCAGCGAUCGGAUUCUCAGGGGACUCGCGGCUCGAAAUGGCGGCGUAAUGAAACCAGAGUUUCGGCUUCCACCUGCUUUCCUAGGAGCGAUCUCGACACCUAUUGCGCUCUUCUGGUAUGGAUGGACGGCACAGGCCAAGACGCACUGGAUUUUGCCCAUUGCUGGUACCGGCUUCAUAGGACUCGCCAACUCGUUGCUCUUUAUGAGCCUCACAACCUACCUCAUCGAUGCUUUCACGGUCUAUGCCGCCUCUGCAGUCGCGGCAUGUGUAAUAGUCAGAUCGAUCAUGGCAGCUGUCCUUCCCCUGGCUGCACCAAAAAUGUAUGACUCUCUAGGGAUUGGUUGGGGGAAUUCUCUACUAGCAUUUCUCGCUCUCGCAAUGGUUCCUGUGCCUUGGGUCUUAUUUAUCUACGGCGAGCGGAUACGAAACUGGGACGCAGCGAGGGUCAAACGAUUAUAG